GAUGGUGGUCUUGCCCUAUCAUUCGUGAAAACACGAAUGAUAAUUUCGAUGCAAUUACAUCAUCCAUACGGAAGCAUCGACGAAAUUUCAAUGUUUACAGGCUGUGUAUGAAAUGUUCGAGAUAAGGAAUUUUAGUCAAUACCGAUGGUUCAGUUAGUCCGCUAGUUCUCCAUCUGCUCAACCCAUGCAGUUUCCCAAAUAUUUAACCGCUAUUCCAAGAGAACCAGUUGUUAGAAAACCCCGGCAAUAAUAAUGACGGCGGACAACGUUUCAACACAAAAACCAUUAGCUGCAGAAUUUACUCUAGCUGCGCUGGCAGCAGUGGGCGCAGGGUUUUUCACAAAUCCAAUAGACGUUGUUAAAAUCCGACUGCAGCUUCAAGGAGAAUUGGAGGCACGGGGGACAUACCAAAAAUUCUACAAGAAUACAUUUCACGCGGGAUACGUAAUAGCGAAGAAUGAGGGGAUAUUAGCAUUGCAGUCGGGCCUGGGCUCGGCACUUGCGUUUCAGGUGGUUUUGAAUGGAAUCAGACUGGGGUCGUACAAGGCCGCAAGAACUUAUGGAUUCACCCUCAAUGAUAAGGGCGAAACUGACAUAUUGAGGACUGCUGUGUUGAGUGGAUUUUCUGGGUGUGUUGGGGCUAUUCUUGGAAGUCCAUUUUACCUGGUGAAGACGCGCAUGCAGGCCCAAUCGGCGGAAGUGAUAGCUGUUGGUUUUCAACACGGACAUACGGGUGAAAUUGCAGCAUUCAGGUCUUUGUGGAGGGAGGGAGGUUUUGCUGGGCUCUAUCAAAGAUGCUUCGCUAAUUGCCCGAGGAUAUUCGUCGGUUCAGCCACGCAAUUAACCAUGUUCAGUCUUGUAACUGAUUGGUUGCGACCGUUUCAAAUUUUUGAUAAUCGUCCACUGACCCUCACAUUUUGUUCCGCCCUCCUCGGCGGUAGCUCGGUGGCAUUAACAAUGCAACCAUUCGACGUAAUCGCAACAAGACUUUACAACCAAGGCACGGAUUCAAGUGGCAAACCCCUGCUGUAUCGUGGCUUUCUCGACGCAUUGAUAAAAAUAAGUAAAACAGAGGGUUUACUCGGUUUGUACAAAGGAACUUUCCCCACCUGGAUGCGAAUAGCACCGCACACCGUAUUAUGUUUAUGCUUUUAUGAACAAUUAGACAUUCUGUAUAAUCGCGUAUUUGUUGAAUAGAUGAAUAAAAAAAAUUAUAAUAGG